AGUACUGCAUAGCGCCGUCCCAUUAUCCUGCAUCACAUCCCAAUUGCGCGGGCGCAGUCGCCGCCGCUCUGUGCUCGGUGCUACCGCUCGCUCUUCACCCACCUGAUAACCUGAAUCAUCCAAGAUGACGGUGAAGAAGCGACCGUCAGACCUGACCAGCUUGGAGCGGUUCAAUAUGUACUACAGGGUGAAGGAGGAGCCCCUGACCAAGGGGCAGAUGAUAAAGAGAUUCAUUUGGAACCCGAAGACGCGGCAGUUCUGCGGACGCAGCGGAGCAAGCUGGUCGAAAAUCCUUCUCUUUUACUUCAUCUUCUACUCGGCGCUCGCGUUGUUGGUCGCGAUAUGCAUGUGGACCUUCCUCUCCAUGCUCGACAUCCGACAGCCCCGCUGGCAGUUGGACCAGUCUAUCAUUGGUACUAACCCUGGGCUAGGCUUCCGACCCAUGCCACCAGAGGUCGCCAGUAGCGUCAUAUGGUACAAGGGAAACGAUCCCGGCAGCUAUCAGUUUUGGGUCAAGGAGCUGUCUUCUUUUUUGAAAGCUUACAAACGAGACGGUAAAAAAACAAGUGCAGGCCAAAACAUCCACAACUGUGACUUCAAACUACCGCCUCCCGCUGGCAAGGUUUGUGACGUUGACAUCAGUGCGUGGGGACCCUGUGUUGAAGAGAAAAGCUUCGCGUACCACAAGUCCACACCCUGUGUGUUCCUCAAGCUGAACAAGAUCUACGGAUGGCAGCCGGCCUUCUACAACAGCUCAGAACAUUUGCCAUCAGCCAUGCCUGAGGACUUGAAAGACCACAUAAAAAAUAUGACAGCGUAUGAUAAGAACUAUCUCAACAUGGUGUGGGUUUCCUGCCAAGGUGAAAACCCAGCUGACCGAGAGAACAUUGGACCUAUCCAGUACCUCCCCUACAGGGGUUUCCCGGGGUAUUACUUCCCAUACAAGAAUCAAGAAGGCUACCUCAGUCCACUAGUCGCUGUCCAUUUGCAGAGACCAAAGACUGGAAUGCUGAUAAAUAUUGAAUGCCGGGCGUGGGCUCACAACAUCAUGUACGACCGCCAUGAGGGGAUGGGAUCUGUCCACAUUGAGAUCAUGAUCGAAUAGAACAUGAUGUAUGCUCCGUGCUACGACACUUGAAGUCUUACAUUGUUUUGCGACCAAAGAAAACCAUUGAAUGGUAUUGUAGUUAUGAAUCAAUAAACUGUUUUGUUUAAAAUAAAGUCUUUCAAUUUAUAACGAGUCA